ACUCAGUAAUUAACGGUUGUCGGAGUUGAUCCUAAUAACAAAAUCUUUCCAAUAGCAUAUGCAGUUGUAGAGAAGGAAAGAAUGGACUCAUGGGCUUGGUUUUUGAAUCAUUUGAAGCGUGACUUAGAAAUUGAUGAUGAUUUUACUUGGACUUUCAUGUCAGAUAAGCAAAAAGGUCUGAUUGAAGCCUUUAAUUAGGCAUUUAAUGAGGUGUUGCCAUGUGUUAACCACAGAUUUUGUGUGAGGCAUUUGCAUAAUAACUUUAAGAGUGCGGGAUUUAGUGGUAUCUCGUUGAAGGAUGCACUUUGGAAAGCCGCAAGGGCUUCAAUAGAGAAAUGUCUUGAUAUUUGUAUGGUUGAGAUCUUUGAUUUAGACCCUGAAGCUGCUAAUGGUUAAGAGAGAAAUCACCUAGUGAAUGGUCUAGAUCUCACUUCUCUGAAAACGUGAAAUCUGAUAUCCUACUUAAUAACAUGUGUGAAUGUUUUAAUGCAAUGAUUAUUGAAGCUAGAGACAAGCCAAUUAUCACUCUAUUGGAAAAGAUAAGGUAUCUUCUUAUGGCUAGGAUGCAGGCAAAUAGGGAUAAAAGCGCAAAAUGGGACAUCAAUGAUGUUUGUCCUAGGAUAAAGGAUAUAUUGAAGAAAAAUCAAAAGGCUACAGCAAAGUUCAUUCCUAGAAAAUCUAAUGAGUGGAACUAUGAGAUUAUAGGGGCAAACAUAAAUAAUAAGAGGGUUGUGGACUUGCUAAAUAAGAUAUGCAGCUGUAGAAAAUGGGAUUUGACAGGAAUUCCUUGCAAGCAUGCCAUUGCUGCAAUUUGGGCUAAAAAAGAUGAGAUUAAUUCCUAUGUCCAUGAUUGUUAUAAGGUGGAAACAUAUAGAAGGGUCUAUGACUUUGCUAUUUUACCUAUGAAUGGACAGGAUAUGUGGCCUAAGUCAAAUAACAUUGCUCCAUUGCCUCCCAAAUUAGUAAGAACUAGCACUAAAGGAAAAAGCCAGACAAAAAGGAGAAAAGAACCGGAUGAAGUAGUAGCAAGCAGAACUAAAAUGAAAAGGAGACAGACUUCUUUGGAUUACAACAAAUGCCAUAAUACUGGCCAUAUCAGAAGAACAUGCAAACUAUAUGUUGUUCAACCGGAUCUCCAAGUUAAUAAGCCAUUAUUUUAUGCUUCGGGCUCAUCAACUCGCGCAAAGCUUCCGGUUAGAAGAGGACCUACGGCACGGAGACAUAUGCAAUCAACUCAAGAAUUUGACUCUUAAUUAUGUUGGUAUCUGCUGAAAUAUAGCUACUAUAUUGGUUGUUUUGCUGCUGAAAUGUCGUGAGAAUGCUGAUUUUUGACUGCUGGAAUGUUCUUUUUAUUGCAGCUAAAAUUCUAUUUUUUUGCGGUUGGAAUGCUCUUUUUUUUUUGUUGCUGGAACGCUGUUUUUUGUUGCCAAAACACUGUUUUUUUGUUGUUGCUGGAACGCUGAUUUUUGCUGCUGAAUUCUUUCUGCUAAAUGCUGAAACUUGCUGCUGGCGCGCUGUUUUUUAGUUGCUGAAAUGCUGUUUUUUUUUUUUUGGCUGCUGGAACGCUCCAUUUUGCUGCUGAAACGCUGCUGGAACACUAUUUUUUUGCUGUUGGAACGCUGAAGUUCGCUGCUGAAAUUCUUGUUGCUGAAAUGCUAAAAGUUUUGUUGCUGAUGUGCUUAUUUUUUUGCUGCUGCGAAGGCUUGUUUUCCUUGCUAAUGGAGAUGCUUGAAGUCUGCUGAUUUUUUUUUGUCUAUGAUGAUUGUUGGAUUUGAUUUACUGGAGUUGAAAUUGUAAAGAUCUGUGAUCUUCAUUUUUGAAACCUACAAUGUUUAAUGAAUCAAUGAUAUUUAGUUUCAGCCAACUUUUGUCAUCACUUCUACCUUUCUUUACACUUUAAAUUUAAUAUUAAAGAUUUUUUGAAAUUCUGUUAGUUUUCUAACAGAAUGUGAAGUUCUCUGUUAGUGAGACUAAAAGUGCUCAAGUUUUGCAAACUUAAAGGACAUAUAGUGCUCAAGGUUAUAUUUAAAGGACAAAGUUAAGCCUACCCCCAAAGAUAAGGGAUAUUUUUGGCCAAACACUCUUC